GAGGCGGGAGAACCAACAAGUUACAAGAGAAAGAGAGGAAAUGGUUAAUAGGGUUUUAAUAGGGUUUUAUUUUGUGCUACACUAAAACCUUCUUUCUUUUACCCUACACUCACCAUUCCACUCUCUUUUUGAUUUGCUUUUCUUCGAUUCUGAUUCUGCUUUUCAGUUUUCCCUCUCAAAUUUUUUUUUUUUUUCCCUCUCUAUUAUAGUCUAUAGAGAUUUCCAACACUUGAUCGAGGACAUGGCGGCUGUCACGGAAUUUGGGGUGUCUCAAUUCUUGCAGGGUACCUCCAGGCAAACUUUGUUUCUGAAAAAGAAGCCUCAGAGACAGAGAAGUCACAUGCUUUGGGGUACGCUUAGGAAUCGGAAUUGGGUUCUGGGAUCAUCUCCAGGAGCGUUGCCGUUAAGGUGCCAGGCUCAAGAAAAUCCCAAAGCUGUGGUUUCUGGUGGUGUGAGCAGUUCAGUAGAAGAGCAACCGGGUUUGGUUGAGAAGUCUGCCUCAGAAGUUGUUCAUUUGUAUCGUGUCCCGUUUAUGCAAGAUAGUGCAGCUGCUGAGCUUCUAAAGGAGGCUCAAGUGAAAAUCUCUAAUCAGAUUGUGGAAAUACAGACGGAGCAAUGUUAUAAUAUUGGCCUUGGUUCACAACUUUCAAGCGAAAAGUUUUCAGUUCUUAAAUGGCUUCUUCAAGAAACCUUUGAGCCUGAGAAUCUGGGAACUGAGAGCUUUCUCCAGAAGAAGAGGAAACAGGGUUUGGUUCCAGUUAUCGUUGAGGUUGGCCCCAGGUUGUCAUUUACCACAGCAUGGUCUACUAAUGCUGUGGCAAUUUGCCAAGCGUGUGGUUUGACAGAAGUGAGCCGUCUGGAACGGUCCAGGAGGUACUUGUUGUUCACCACAAGUGAACUGCAAGAUCAUCUAAUCAAUGAAUUUGCGUCUAUGGUGCAUGAUAGGAUGACCGAAUGUGUUUACACUCAGAUGCUAACAUCCUUUGAGACCAGUGUAGUACCAGAAGAAAUUCGUUAUAUACCUGUCAUGGAGAGAGGACGGAAGGCAUUAGAAGAGAUUAAUCUGGAGAUGGGUUUUGCCUUUGAUGACCAGGAUUUAGAAUACUAUACCAAACUCUUCAGAGAAGACAUUAAGCGCAAUCCAACAAAUGUGGAGUUGUUUGAUAUUGCCCAGUCCAACAGUGAGCACAGCAGACACUGGUUUUUUACUGGAAAGAUUUUCAUUGAUGGACAGCUUAUGAGUAGAACUCUUAUGCAAAUCGUGAAAAGUACUCUACAGGCAAAUCCAAAUAACUCAGUUAUUGGCUUUAAGGAUAACUCAAGUGCAAUAAGGGGUUUUCCAGUAAAGCAGCUCCGACCAGUUCAGCCUGGUUCAGCAUGUCCAUUAGACGUUGCAGUACAUGAGUUAGAUAUCUUGUUUACUGCUGAAACACAUAAUUUUCCAUGUGCAGUGGCACCUUAUCCUGGUGCAGAGACUGGUGCAGGAGGUAGAAUUAGAGAUACACAUGCUACAGGAAGAAAACUCUAAUUUUCCAUGUGAUGCUCUUGCUUCACCAGUGGAGUUUUAUUUCGAUUUAAUUAAAGAUCGA